AGUAGUUUCUCUUGCUCGACCCCUGGGUGGCUGGCCGGGCCUGAGGCGGACCCUGCCCCGGACCGAAUCCAGGGGGUGGGGCGGGGCCCUCCGGGCAGGGUCCGGACAAGUCUCCCCUCCUGUGGCCUCCAGCUGGGAUCGUCGCCAGCACGCUCCAGCUGCGACCGCGGCGGAGGCCCCACACCUGCCGGCGUCUUCACCCCCAGCUGUGAGGCUGAGACGCCCCCAGUCCCGGAAGGCGCCGCACACCUGCUGUUGCUGUGCCUGGUCUUCCCGCACCUGCGGGCUGAGCACCGCCACGCCGAGAGGCCUGCGGCCAGGGCAGGUGCGGGGCGUUCCCCUGCCGGCCUCACUUCCCUCCCUCACGCUCGCACCCCCAGGUUUUCCUCUGCGGGUCAGUGAUGGGGGUAGAGUAAGACGAUGUGGCGUUUGUGCGGAGUCCCACUCAGUCUCCACUCCUCGUGGGAGCCCAAGGCCUUCCUAAAGGCAUCGCUCCAUUUCCUAACUUGGCAUCCCCUUUCGGGAGACCCCUUUGGGGUGCAGCAGGGCAGACACUGCGCCGAACCUUUAGAGCAAUCCCUCUGAGGAAUGAUACCGUUUAGUGCCCCCUCCCCCAAGUUCCCCCAGUAGUUUCAUUCUUCCCCCCCAUUUCCUCCAAUACUCUGACUUUGAAAGGCUGGUGAGUGUAGAGCUCGGCUAAGCAACUGAAGUUCAAAUGGGGUUGGGGAGACCCUGGAGAACUGGGCUACUGCCCCCAAGGCCUGGUCAGUAGAGAUCCUACCUCCAUAGUCAAAGGACUUGGGGAACCCCAGUUCUAUGUUUCUACAUGACAGCUGCCCCGAUCAACCCUCAAACAGAAAGGCCAGGAUCCAGCCAUACCUCAAUGGACCCCAGGGGCAUCUUGAAGGCAUUUCCCAAGCGGAAGAAAGUCCUUGCCAAUCCAUCAUCAAAAGCACUGGCAAAGAUUCCCAAGAGGGAAGACGAAGAAGAAGCAAGAGAGUGGCUGAGUUCCCUACGGGCCCAUGUUGUGCCCGCUGGCAUUGGGCGAGCCCGGGCGGAACUCUUUGAGAAGCAGAUUGUCCAACAUGGUGGCCAGAUAUACUCUGCCCAGGCCCCAGGGGUCACUCACAUUGUGGUGGAUGAUGGCAUGGACUGUGAGCGAGCCCUUCGCCUCCUUAGACUGCCCCGGCUGCCCCCAGGUGCUCAGCUGGUACAGUCAGCCUGGCUGAGCUUGUGCCUGCAGGAGAGAAGGCUGGUGGACACGGCAGGAUUCAGCAUCUUCAUCCCCAACAGGUACCUGGACCAACCACAGCUCAGUAAGGCCGACCAAGACUCUCCUCCCGGAGCUUGUGAGGCUCUGCUCAGGACAGCCCCCUCUCCUCCCCCUGCUCCCCCUAGACCUGUAUCCCCUCCCCAGAGGAUAGAAGAAGCUCCAAACACCCAAGCCCAGCCUGGCUCGGAUGAUGACACCAGUGAUGGGGAGGAGACCCCAGUUAGCGCAGCUGAUUUGGAAGCCCUGAUCAGUGGCCGCUACCCCAUCCCCCCUGAGGGAGAUGGUGACCCCAGCCCUGCCCCUGAGGGUCUGAAAAAGUGGGUCUGUGCACAGCCUUCGAGUCAAAAGGCGACCAACCACAACACCCACAUCACAGAAAAGCUGGAAGUGCUGGCCAAAGCCUACAGUGUUCAGGGAGACAAGUGGAGGGCCCUUGGCUAUGACAAGGCCAUCAAUGCCCUCAAGAGCUUCCACAAGCCUGUCACCUCCUACCAGGAAGCCUGCAGCAUCCCUGGGAUUGGGAAACGGAUGGCCGAGAAGAUCGUAGAGAUCCUAGAAAGUGGACAUCUGCGGAAGCUGGACCACAUCAGCGACAGCGUGCCUGUCUUGGAACUCUUCUCUAAUAUUUGGGGAGCUGGAACCAAGACUGCCCAGAUGUGGUACCAACAGGGUUUCCGGAGCUUAGAAGACAUCCGCAACCAGGCCUCCCUGACUACCCAGCAGGCCAUUGGCCUGAAGCAUUACGAUGACUUUCUGGAACGCAUGCCCAGGGAGGAGGCUGCCGAGAUCGAGCAGACAGUCCGGGAAUCAGCUCAGGCCUUCAGCCCUGGGCUGUUGUGCGUGGCAUGCGGUUCCUACCGACGGGGGAAAGCAACGUGUGGUGAUGUGGACGUGCUGCUCACUCACCCGGAUGGCCGAUCUCACCAGGGCAUCUUCAGUCGCCUCCUUGACAGCCUUCGGCAGCGAGGGUUCCUGACUGAUGACUUGGUGAGCCACGAGGAGAAUGGUCAGCAGCAGAAGUACCUGGGUGUGUGCCAGCUCCCAGGACCAGGGCGACGGCACCGACGACUGGACAUCAUCCUUGUGCCCUACAGCGAGUUUGCGUGCGCCCUGCUCUACUUCACCGGCUCUGCCCACUUCAACCGCUCCAUGCGGGCUCUGGCCAAGACCAAGGGCAUGAGCUUGUCGGAGCACGCCCUCAGCGCAGCUGUGGUGCGGGACACCCGAGGUCUCAAGCUGGGGUCUGGCCGAGUGCUUCCCACCCCGACUGAGAAGGAUGUCUUCAGGCUCCUAGGCCUGCCCUACCGAGAACCCGCUGAGCGGGACUGGUGACCCACGGUCGAGGCGGGAGGGGCACCCACUGGCCCAGCUGCCCCACCUGGCUAUCAGGACUCCUCUCUAGCCUCAGCUGGCUAAACCUCACACUUCCAUCACCAGCUCCCUGGGCCCGAGGGAAAGGGCCAGCCUCGCUCCCGGGGUCUGCCCUGUUCUCCCCAAGAGCAGGCUGCUCUCCCUUCUGCACAGCUGCCCUUGGGAGAAGCUUGCACGUGGCCCCACGUUAAGCAGGAACAGCUGGCCCAGGCAUCCCCUUCCUCUAGCCUGAGGAGGGUCUAGCUGCUGGCGGUGGGAUGGGGCUGCAGGGGGAGAGGCAGGCAGCUCUGGCCCAGCAUUACCCAAGACCCUUUGGAGCAGGAGAAUGAACCACUUCGCAUACUCCCUCUACCCACCCCACUUCCUGUGCAGCUGGAGGUGUUGGGAGAGGGUGCCUCAGGCUCCGUGAGGACAGCAUUGGCAGGCCCAGGGGCCCAGUGAAGUGCAUUUGACAUUCAACCUGCCUGGUGUCUGAGCUGCUGUAGCCCCUGUCUGCCUUCUUCCACCCAGGGGGGCACGGAGAGGGGAGCUGAAUGGGAGCCCAGAAAUGCAAGUUAGCUGCUCUUUAUAUAGGCCAGGCCUGAGUCAGCUCCUGAACUCAGAAGGACACUGGGGGACGUGAAAAGGGAGAAUUCAUGGAGUCAGGCGUUUAGGGGUGCCUAUCUACCCAUCGGCAUCUCCUGUGGGCCUCCCCUAGAACAGGCCAUCAAUGAUUCUCAUCAUUGAUGUUUCUGUCUCCCUCUCCCUUCCUCUCUAAAAUCAAUAAAAAUAUAUAUAUA